AUGGUUGUGCUACUCAAGCUCCCUUCGGCUAAAGCCUUUGGUAGUCGGAUAGCUCAUGCUCCAUUAAUUCAAUGUACUACAACAUACAAGUGGGAGCAGGGUUACGAUGACGUAACUCUCUACUUGCCAAUCCCAUCGAGUGUGACAAAGGACUCCAUCGAGGUAACCAUAAAACCGACAUCUCUCAAGGUCCUUGUGGACUCCCUGUACGAUAUGGAGGGGCAGUUAUCUGGUACCGUGGACUCUGGUUCAUCCUUUUGGACAAUGGAGGACGACAGCAUCAACAUUUACCUCUCAAAGAGCAACCCUGGCAUCGUCUGGAAAUGCAUCUUUGAGGGAGAUGGAGAGUUGUCGGUAGUUUCGGAACAGGACGAAAAGAAGAAGCUUCUCCUCGAGCGGUUCCAAAAGGACUAUCCACACUUUGACUUUAGCGGAGCUGAACUAAAUGGGAACGUUCCAGACCCCAAGAAUUUUAUGCGUAAAUGA